AUGCGGAGUGGGUCGGCUUGGUUACUCGGCUUGACUGGCGCAGCCUUGACCGACGCGCUGGCUUUGGACCAGAGAGAUACUCCCGCUGUUCUUGCAGUGCCUAUAGUGCAGGAACGGGGUAAUUCGCGCCAGAUCUCGAAGCGAUCUCAGACUGUUGACUUCGACUUUAACACCAAUUCCAGAGCUGAUGAAUGGGGUGCUCCGUUAGAAGGUUUCACUGUCACGGACAUUUUUAAAAUCGGAGAUACCAAAGUGGACAAUAUGACGUUUGCGGUCCUGGACAUGAGUGAGGACAGCAAUAAUAUCUGGGGCGAAAAUAAUAUCGGCAUCGGAUAUGGAAAUGCAUCCACCAGCUCUCUAAUCCAAGUGCUAGUUGACACUGGUGCGAUAAACUCCGCAGCUGUCAGUGUGUGGAAUGAGACAGUUUUGUUUGGCGGUGUCAACAAGGCCAAAUACGAGGGAGACCUUUACACUUUUGAUACUGUUAUGGGUAAUAGCUCCGAAAAGGCCCUUCGUAUUAAUAUGGAUGGCAUCUCAAUCAAUGGAAGCUCGGAAGCCUCGAACAAAUUCCCGCUUGAUGCUCUAUUCGGCAAUCUAAUCGACAAAACCUAUGUUCCCAAGUCGGUGGCUCAGGCUCUGAACUCUCAAAUUGGCCUGACCAAGGCGCCGGAUGAAUAUGGCCAGGUCAAUUUCUCCUGCAAGUCAAUCUCUCAGGAUCAAACUAUCACGUUUAAGUUCGGAAAGCUAGAUCUCGAAUUUGACCUGAGCUUGUUUAUCAGCCGGGGCAGUUUUGAACCGACAAAGCCUUGGAUCGACGUUGACAGUGACGUAUGCUUUUUUGAGAUCGUCGAGAACAAGUUCAGCGAUUACUAUGAUGCAAGUAUCUUGUUGGGAUCUAAUUUCAUGAGUCUAAUUUACUCGGUAUUUGACCUUGAAAACGGCCAGAUCUCACUGGCAAAGCGGAAAUACGACAAUUCUCCAGAUGAUAUUGUUGAGAUUUCAUCGGGCAAGGAUGGUGUUCCUGGGGCGAAGGAUUCGGCCGGUGCACUCGUUGGAGGAGACUUGAGUAUGACGGCCUUGGUGGCAGCUACCGCUAUGCUGAUCAUGGCCUUUUAA